AUGGAAGAUUUCAGCGCUGUGGCAGACACACGUGACGACCUGCUUGCUUGGGUGGCUUGCCGCUUGCAGGGCUUUAGUGAAGAUGUCGUUGUCAAGGUGCAAACCUUGCUGGCACGGUCUUCCAAGAAAAUCAUGCUGGAGUACUCGACAGACCAGCUCCUGUUCUUGCUGAGAGCUGAUCUGGAACAAAUCACUGCCUACCAGAUCACAGUCACCCUCCACAGCGGCAUGCAUCCGGGCUCCAGCGUACUCCUCAACGGUUUCGAGAAAGGCACCAAGACAUUGCUAAUGCUGCUGAAAAACAUACUUGAGGUGAAGCCGAUUGAAGAAUCAUCAGCUCAUAGUUAUGACAGGGCCCAAUGGUUCGCCAACGUGCAGGAUUAUUACAUUGGAGGCAAGUUUCAACCUUGGUGCAGUGUGCUUGGUUUCCUCUUCCCCAACGGCAGGUACGAUUUCGGAAUUUCAGUGGUUGCUGAGCAUCUCAUCCCCCAUCAGCAAGCAACCACCGCCCAUAUGCUUGCCAUCGAGUUGCAUCAUCCGCGGAACGGCAUACUCUUGUGCAGGCAUCUGGAGAAAUUAUUUCAAGCAGGGCAUUGGUCCCUAGUCCCGCUAUCUUACGACGACGAAACCCACUUGCUGUCCUGCCGUGUCCAUGUUUCGCAGGAUUACCGGGAGACACGACUUUAUGACUUUUGCGAUGCAAAACCCCCGAGGCCUCUAAUGGUAAAGCUCGGCCCAGGCCAGCUUGAGCACCUGAGCAUGGAAGCAUUGCACGGUCAGGAGGUGAAACUGCGAAGGCCGUACAUCAGGUCACUCUUCCUCAAGAAUUUGAUGGCUUCUGGUGAGCAUAAGGAACUUCCCAACCCCAUGCAUAGGAGCCGAAUUGGGACUUACAAGUCGUUGUGCACGGAGCUUGAACGGAUGAAUAUGGAUGUCGUGCUCGCGGGUAGUGUCUCCCAAAUGGACGAUGACGAGGAACUGCAGCCAGAAGCCGGUUUUGGAAUUUCCCCACCGACGUUGAUUAUUGGACAGUUGGAGGUGCAAGAACCGGCGAAGAGCUCGUCAAGCCAAAGUAGGGAGCCGAUUAGCACGGACCAGCAAGGUCAAAGGAGGAUCUGGCGGAGCAGAACUUACUCUCUUAGCUGA